AUGUCCGAAGCAGAGGCUGAUUUCGAAAUCGACUUUUACGGCGAUGAUUCUGCUGAACAACAAGAUCAACAACAAGCGCAGGCAGCAACUGGAGAGAGCACACACGAAAACAACACCAGCUCAGAUGCGCAACAUGUCCAAAAUAAUGCCGAACACCAAGACGAUCAGCAAAUGGACGACUCGAGACACGACACACAGAGAGACAGCUCAAUGGUCCAACAAGGGACCAAAAGAAAGUCAGAAGAGGACCAUGCGACAGUUGACGUACAAGCAACUUCUGCUAUCAUGAUUUCCGAUCUCAACUGGUGGAUCACAGACGACGACGUUCGCGGAUGGUUAAGACAAGCAGACUGCGAGGACGACAUUAAAGAUUUGACGUUUAGUGAGCACAAGGUGAAUGGCAAGAGCAAAGGCCAAGUCUAUGUCGAGUUCCACAGCCGAAAUAUCGCCGCCACAUCAAAACGACAUGUCGAACAGCUUGGCCCUGGCACACCACAAGGGCAAAAGAAGAUCCAUGUCGCAUUCUGGAACCCCAACGUCAAUCCAUUCAAGACCUUACCAAAGGAUGCACCGGCUCGCGGCAAAGAUCAGAACCGCGGCGGAUACACCGACAGAGGCAACUUUGGAGGAGGCUUCCGUGGCCGUGGCGGUAUGAACAACCGCGGCCAUAUGGGCCAGCACAACUUUAACCGCAAUUUCAACAACAAUAAUAAUAACAAUAUGGGCUUCAACAACAAUAUGGGAGGCUUUAACAACAAUAACAAUAUGGGCAACAACUAUGGCUUCAAUAACCGCGGAGGUAUGAUGGGUGGCAUGAGAGGCAACAAUAUGCGAGGCCGUGGUGGCCCAAAUAUGAUGGGCAUGAACCCAAUGGGAAUGCCUAUGGGUAUGCAAGGGAAUAUGCCAAUGGGUAUGAUGGGCGGCAUGCAGGGUUUCCAAGGCAUGCCCAACUUUAACGCCGGUAACUUUGGCUUUAACCAGAACCAGGGCGGCGCUGGCGGUGCCAACAAUAACAACGGCGGCGAUUGGGGAAACCCCCAUGGUGCUAAGAGGCCGCGUCCUGAAUAA